AUGGAGUUCGUACGCUGUGUCUCGCGAUUGAGACUCCCAAGGAGAUACUUCGCGAAGCGUCCUCUGUUCCCAAAACCUUUGCGCCAUGUGCGCUUCAAUUCGACACAGUCCACAGUUGCUCCAAGCAUUGUGCUACGCGACUACCAAGAGGAAAGCAUUCAGUCCGUCCUGAAAUAUUUGGGUGAAGGCCAUCGACGCCUAGGAAUUUCACUUGCAACAGGGGCUGGCAAGACAGUCAUAUUCACACAGCUUAUCAGCCGGAUCCCUCCUCGCGAUGCGAAUGCCACCAAGACCAUGAUCAUCGUCCAUCGGCGCGAACUCGUCGAACAAGCCGCGAAACACUGCAGUCUCGCUUAUCCAGACAAGACCGUCGAAAUAGAAAUGGGCAAGAAUGUUGCGACGGGAGCAGGGGACAUCAUCAUCGCGUCAGUUCAGACACUUGCACGAGGACGCAUGUACAAGUUCGACCCGAGUGCAUUCAAGCUUAUUUUGGUGGAUGAGGCUCAUCAUAUUGUUGCCAAGUCAUACCGCGAAGCUCUAGGGCAUUUUGGGUUGAACGAGCCAUCUGCUAAUGGACCGGUCUUGGUGGGUGUUUCCGCUACUUUUUCACGGUUCGAUGGUCUCAAACUGGGCGCUGCCAUUGAUCAUAUUGUCUAUCACAAGGAUUACAUUGACAUGAUUGGUGAAAACUGGUUGGCCAAUGCGGUCUUCACGACUGUCAAGUCCGGGGCCAAUUUGUCCAAAGUCAAGAAAGAUAGUUUCGGAGACUUUGCCCUAGGAUCACUUUCGAAGGCGGUUAAUACUACAUCUACGAACAGCAUCACGGUUCGGGCAUGGAUGGCGAGUGCUGAGAAUCGGAAGUCGACUCUUGUAUUUUGUGUCGACGUCGAGCAUGCGCGGCAGCUUACCGCCGCUUUUCGCGACCAUGGCGUCGAUGCUAGGUAUAUCACAGCUAGCACAGCUAAAGGCGUCCGCGCGGAACAGCUACGGGCUUUCAAGGACCAAGAAUUCCCAGUGUUGCUAAACUGUGGUCUUUUCACAGAAGGCACGGAUAUCCCAAAUAUCGACUGCGUGCUCCUAGCUCGACCAACCAGAUCUCGAAACCUGCUCAUCCAAAUGAUCGGACGUGGUCUUCGCUUAUUCCCCGGGAAAAAGGACUGCCAUGUUAUCGAUAUGGUGGCCUCGCUAGCAACUGGAGUCCUAUCAACACCGACGUUGUUCGGCUUGGACCCAGACGAAGUUUUGGAUAACUCCAGCGUGGAAGAUAUGAAGAAGAAUGAUGAUCAGGGCAGUCAAGCGGAACCCAUUCCCGAGGCCGAUGAACCAUACGAUGGCUCAGACAACGACCUGAAACUCCAAUUUACAACUUAUGACAGUAUAUACGAUCUCUUAGGAGACAUGCAGUCCGAGCGACACAUCCGGUCGUUCAGCCCACACAACUGGGUCCGGGUCGGCGAUGACAGAUAUAUGCUCACCGAUAUAUCUGGCUGGAUAACGAUUGAGAAAGGAGAUGAUAUCUUCACAGCUCAUCAUGUCAUGAAAUUCAAAAACCCCACAACCGAGGCACCGCAAUUCACACGUCCUCGGAAGAUCGCCACUGGCUCGGAUUUGGAGACCAUUGUCCGGGCAGCGGAUACCUUUGCUAGUACCAAGUUUGAUGAACAUUACAUCGCAUCUUGGAAACCGUGGCGACGGGCCCAAGCCACACCGGGACAAAUCAAAAUGCUGAACGGAGCGCGCAUUCGAGAUGGCAAUGUGAAGCCCGAGGACUUGACUCGUGGACAGGCGGCUGAUAUGAUUACAAAGCUGAAACAUGGAGGCAAGAAGCGCUUCAAGGACUUGGAAGUUCAGAAGCGGAAAAAGCUACGACAAGCGGAUAACAUGGCGGAACUGCAAAGAAGGGUUAAUGUAAAGGUCGGGCCAGUCGAGAAUUGA